CAAAGCGAUGUUCCAAUGCUCAAUUUCCUACCAAAUUCGACCGUUUAUCCCUUAUCCAAAUCAAAUUGCCCGCCACCCUCUCAAACCAGGCCUAUUAACCCACCAUUUCUUCCCCGAAGUGCCUCCAAAACCAAUCCAUCUCCGUCUACCACCACCGAAAUCCGGCCAAACCCAUCAACCUAAACCCCAAACAAAGACCCAAGACGACGGCAUCCCGAUCGAGGACGUCAAAAUCAUUGCCAAAUUCAAAACUAGGCACAACUAUAUCCGCGUUCUGGAAGUUUCUCGAAGAGCCGACCACCCUUUCGCCGGCUCUAGACUCCUCCUCCUUGAUUCCCCUGGAAACAUCCACAGCAUUUCGUUUCUCUUCAAAUGACUCACCAACACUUACUUCGACGUUUUCGCCACUUUGCCUCCCGUUUUACCCCCCGGACCCGUUGGCAUUCUCGGGUUCGGGGCGGGCUCCACGGCCCGUUUGAUGCUUGAAUUAUACCCAGAGUUGAUAAUCCAUGGAUGGGAACUUGACCCAUCUGUGGUUGCAGUUGGAAGAGAAUAUUUUGGCCUUGGAAAGCUUGAAAAACAAUACCCAGAUAGGCUUUACAUUUACAUCGGAAAUGCAUUGAAGGCUAGCAUUAAAAACGGGUUUUCAGGCGUUUUAGUCGAUUUAUUCAGUAAAGGUAGUUUGAUACCGGAGCUUCAGGAUCCGAACACGUGGCAGAAGUUGAGGAAGAGUUUGAGAAAAGGCGGGAGAAUCAUGGUGAAUGUCGGGGGUAGUUGCGUGGAGGCUGAGGAUUCACGGAGACACGGGAAGGUUGUGAUGGAAGAGACUUUGAAGGCGAUGCACAGGGUUUUCGGUGACAAGCUUUUCGUAUUGAAUCUUGGGAAUAGAAAAGAUGAUAGUUCCCUUGCUUUAACCGGCGAAUUGCCGGAUCUUGAUGAGUGGAAGAAGGCGCUUCCGCGUUCUUUGAAGUGUUAUGCCGAUAUGUGGACUCCAUUUCAUGGUUGAUGUGGUCGAGAGAAGAGCCCAUCUAAUGUUCUUUUUGGUGGAAGUAGCUUGAGGAAGAUGUUUCCGGGCAAAGAUGGCUACUCUAGACGUGAAAAUCUGGUCAUUUCUCGCAACAGAAAGCUUCAGAAAGUAGGCAAGGUACAGCCCUCUCCACCAUCACCCACCAGAAAUCAACAAAAAAUUAUGGGCGUACCACCCGCACCACCCCCUCCGAUACCAUAUUGACUAUCUACAUAGACAGGAAAAGGAAGAACCAGAGGAUGAACAAGGAAGAAAAAUUCCAUGUUUAGUGCUCUGUUUUCUGGAUGUUACUCCAUACUUAAAAGUUCAAGGUGACGCUAUACUCACUCUUCAAAUAUUUUAGGAUUGGAUUUUGCACAUUUUCUUCUUGUAUUCGAAGUUUAAACUUAUAACAGCAGUCAAUCUUGACUUAUCCAUCUGUGAUCUUUGUUGUCAAUGAGAUUGAAGUACCAUUCUAGCAGAAGAGAAUCUCCUCUGCUGAGAUCAAA